AUGAUCCCCAGAGGAAUAGGAUUGUGGCUGCCUUCAGCUCUGCUCCUUUCUUGGGUGCCAGGCUCUGUCCCUUUGCAUGGCCCCUGCAGUGUGACAGUUACUGUGGGAGAUUCCCUGAGCAUGACUUGUCAGUAUGAGGAGAGAUUCAAGAUGAACAAGAAACUCUGGUGUAGAGUUUCACCCUUUCUACUAUGUGAAGAAAUUGUCAAGACCGGAGGCUCAGAAGAAGCUAGGAAUGGUCGAGUGUCCAUCAGGGACGAUCGAGACAACCUCACCUUCACAGUGACCUUGCAGAGCCUCACCCUGGAAGAUGCAGACACCUACAUGUGUGUUGUGGAUAUACCAUUGAUCGAUCACUCCUUGGGGAUUGAUAAGUCCUUCAAGGUUGAGUUGUCUUUGCUCCCUGGUUCAAGCCUUUGGAGGAGUACAAAUUUCCCGGAGCCCACCAUAUCCUCACGUGUUUACACUCAGCCCAGCGUGACCACAGAAGAGAGUUUCAGGAUCACACAUUUCCAACCAAGGGCUUAUCUGACCAGGCAGAUCCUGGCAGAACGACCUAACAUGAGCAUGAGGUACAAUGGGAGCACAGCUACUGACCAUCACCAAUACCUCUGA